AUGUCCUCUCCACACACCAUCCAAUCACCCACAACCCAGGAGAUCGAAACCUCCUUCAUCCAAGUCCUCAGCAACGGCCCGCUGAGUCUCGAAGCCAUCACAGACCACAUGACCGAAUUGGUUCCAGACCACGAAGACGCCGUCGUAGCAGUCUUCGAAUACAUGGUCGAAGCCAUCGAAGGAGAAGGGGAAUCCACAUAUCAACUCCGCCCAGAAUAUCUUCCAACCAGCAGCAGCAGCAAGCAAGCGACUCCAACCCGCAAAACACCACCAGCACCCCUUUCCUUCGCCCGCUCACCAGCCCGCUCCCCCCAACCUUCCUCCUCCCCUCUUUCCUCUCCACCAACCCAUCUCAGUUCGCCAGCAUCGUCCCUCCCACCCCGACCACGCCCGCGCUACACUUCCUCCUCCCCGCUCUCCAGUCCACCACCGACUUGUGAACUGCGCUCGCCGACACCACCACCACCACCAUCGCCGGCGGCAAGACCGGUCAGACGUACGCAGCGUGCGGGGCAAAAGGGCAAGGGCAAAGCCAAGACCACUACUACGACUUCGUCUCGCGUGACCAAGAAGAAGACUGGAAAAGGCAAAGGAAAGAAAGGAGGCAUGGAGAAGGUGCAGUGUAAUGGUGUUACAAAGAAGAAGAAGACGAGGUGUGGGCUUAGGAAGAUGUGUGAGGUUGGGCAGGUGUGGGAUUGUGGGAGGCAUGGGUGA